UUGAUCUUGGUCGUAUCAUAUACGCUCAAAAGCAUAUGGCGGACGUUUUAUAUAUUUUUGCAUCGAAAACUGAUAAAUUCUUUUAGUUAUGAGUAUCUUGUGACCGCUAGAGCGUAUUUGUUAAAUUUAGAUGAUAAACGAUAGUUUUUAAUGUGUAAAUAAGUUUAUUAUACCUUGAGUCCUGUAAUUAUUGUAUUUUCGUGCGUGGACGUUUUGAUCCGUAUUGAAAAACGAAAAGUCUGUGAUAUAAACAAUACUUAGGUGAUAGAAUAAUUUCCUGAACACAUUUGUAAAUAUUGUAAAGAUAUUUUAGAGUUUUAACAAAGUUAAUAUAUUGAGAGAAGACUGAAAAAAUUGUGUGCUUGAUCUGCGAGUUUUGCUAGCUAUGUCAGCUGUGAACUUAUUAUCGUCUUUGAAAGAGAAACCUAGCGACGAUAGCCUGAAGGAUGGCUCUAUUAUUGAAGGUCACGAUGAGUCCAUAUCGGCGAGCGGGGGCGGCGACCCGGCUGUGCUCGCGAUGGGCCCCGCCCGCCGACCGCUCACCUACACGCGGGACGAGCUGAUGCGCCUGCGCAACUCGCCGCUCGUCAAGAAGGGGCUCGAGAACGCGUUCGUCGGCUGCGAAGCUUUGGCCCUCGUGCUGAAGAGACGUUCCGAUUCGCCGAACGAAGACGACCGAGGUGCGAGAGGGGACGCCCCUAACGAAAACCAUAAGGGCGUGUACGGGCGCGACCGCGAGCGGCGGUCGGCGGACCCGCGGGAGCGCGUGCGCAAGGAGAGCGAGACCGGCGCGGGCGGCGUCGGCAUCGUGCUGUCUCCGCAACGCAGGUCGUUCACGUCGGGCUGCGGCGCGCCGACGGCGGCGGCGCCCCCCGCGCCCCCGCACGUGGCGCGCACGCGGCCCGAGUCCCCGCUGGCCGCCGCGCCCGCCGCCGCCGCGCCCGCCGCCAAGACCGACCAGGCGGGCGCCGGCCGCCGCAUCGGCUCCGGCCGCAUCAUGGUGCGCGACGUGCCGGCCGACUCGUGGGGCGACGAGCGCGACUACCGCGCGGAGCCCUACCGCCCGCCGCACAGCCGCGGCGGCGACGCCCGCCCCGCCAACGACAGAUACGACCGCCGCUCGUUCAGCCGAGACUCCUACUCCUCUGACAUCAAGAGGGAGAGGGACGAUAGAUUCAACAACGAGAAGGGCCGAGACAGAGAGGACAACCGCAGAUCUGGUGGUCGCUUCUCUCAACGUCGAUUUGAGAAAGAAGAUGAACCCGAAUGGUUUAGUGGAGGGCCCACAUCUCAGCUGGAGACGAUAGAGCUGCGCGGCUUCGACGAACCCACCAAGAAGGCCAGCCAGCCGCCCGCCAAAGAAGAGAAAUGGAAUGGGUCCCGGGCCCGGGCGGACACCUCGUCGCCGGAGACGUCCAGCAACAGUAACGCCAGCGGCAGCACUGCGCCGGCGGCGGACAACAACGAGAAAGAGGCCGUUGUCGAGAAUAAGCCGGAAGAGGGCGUGACUGGUGAUCAGCAAGACUUCAAUUUGGACGACUUCCUCAAAUUCGACACCAUUCCUGACGUGCUCACGAACGGGAGCGGUGAGUCGGAGCGAGGCAGCCGCUUCAGCCGCUGGUUCCGCCGCGAGAGCCCCACCAACGAGGGCAGACAUUACGAGAGGCUGUUGCAUAAUAUUAUGGACGAGGCGGAGAGCGCGCCCCGCUCGCCGCCGCACGCGUUCGCGCCGAUCUCGCCCGCGCGCCCGCCCUCGCUGCUGCAGCUGCUGCGACAGCACGACGCGCCCUCUGCCGGAUCUAACGCGAGUGGCAACGCCAUGGGCGGGAAAAUCCACAGCUUGGAAGAGCUCGAGGCCCGACUGAGGCCGCAGCACGCGCCGCCGACACACGAACACGAUCUGUCUGCUUUUAAGCGACUGCUGGCGCAGGUGUCGGGCGGGCACGCGGUCCCCGCCGACCAGCCCAGGCCGCCGCCGCAGCCGCUCAGCAUCAUGCAGAUGUUGAACAAGAGUGUGGAACAACAGCAGAAGUCUCAACAGCAGCCGCAGAUCCCGUCGGAGCUCCUUUACAAGCUCCUGCAGGUCCAGCGUCAGCAACAACAGCAGCAGCAACAACAGCAACAACAACAACAACAGCAGCAGCAACAACAACAACAAUCAGUUGACAUGGGCAUCCACAGCGCUGACAGGGAACUGCUGCAGAGGCCCGAGGCGCAGGCCAUUGUUCACGGUCUGAAAGCUGGCGAGAUAACUGUUCAGCAUCUGAUCCAGCAGCUCGGCAACCCGGGGCUGCAGAGCAGGCACAGGGAGGUGCUGCAGACCAUCCUCAGGAUACAUCAGCAGCAGCAGCAGAGACAGCAACUGGCGAGCUCCCCGCUGCCGCCGGGCGUGGGCGCGGCGCCCCACCUGGUGGUGCCUCCGCAUCAUCAGCCGCUCCGACUCUCGCCUUUACCGCAUCCAGGUGUACCCGGGCGGAUCCCGUCGCCCCGCGAGCUAGUUGCGCACACGCAGUCCAUAAUGCAGGGCGCGCUCAUCAAAAAGAAGCUGGAGGAGCAGAAGGAGAACUACCGCCGGCGGCACGAGAUGCAGAGCAAGCAGCCCACGCCCAUCUCCUUCACACCCACCUCGGUGCUUCGUAAGAUGACGGCUGAGAAGGAAUGCGAAGCGCCGCUUCCGAAGCAACAGCAGCAAUGGGCGCAUAAAGUGCCUCAAGGCAGGCCCAUUGUCAAGGGCAACCAAAGCGGCGCUCCACCGAUGGGCUACCCCUCCACACCGGACUACCAGCCGCAGUAUCUCAACCAGCAGCAGCAAAUGGUGGGUGGUGUUCGUCCGUUCCCUACACAUCCUCAACAGAGACAACAAGUACCUAAUUCGUACAACAACAUGAACAACAUGCGCGGCAUGGCCGGAGGCACCACGUUGCACCAACUCCUUGUCCAGUCGCAUCAGAGGUCCCUAAAUGAAAUGGGCGCCGGAGGAGCCGGCGUGGGCGGCGGCGACAACCAACUCGCGCGGUGGUUCUCCCCGGAGCUGCUGGCGCGGGCCUCCGCCGGCAAGCUGCCCUCGGUGCACGUGCCCAACGCGCUGUCGCUGGAGGACCUCGAGCGGCACCACCACUCGCCGGCGCCGCCCGUGCGCAACUGAACGCCGAGUGUGUUUGUGUGUCAAGUGAAGUGCAGUGCAGUGGUGGGGAUGACUAGUGUUGUUCUGCGGCAGUACGAUGUUUUGAAGUUUGUACAAUCGCGUUAAUGUUCACGGGUUCAUGAUUCGAUGGGAUAAAACUGUUUUAAGUGAAUAGGUUUGUUCGAUCGUUGAGCGAUGAGAGAUUAGCGAAAACAAUGGAUAAAUUGCAGUUUUAGUAGAAAUUUUUGUUUAUGAUGUCAUAUCGAAUCGAGUCAGCGAGGCUAAAGCUCCGGUUUAAAAAUAAAAUUGAGCUGCAAUUAAAACUACUUUGAACUAUUUAAUUGUUGAAUUUAAUACUAACGCUAUUGUACGAAGCUUGGACAAUGGUUUACUCUGUGAUUGUUAUAUGGUGUGUUUGGUGGCAUUUGCAAAUGUGAAAUUAUUGGUUUGAGAAGCUGCAUGGGUACAUCACUCUUUCGAAGAUUUCUGGUAAUAAAAUAUUUUGAAAAUUUACUUAUGCAGCAGGGAGAAUAAUAACAUACUUCACUAUCAAUGAAAGGAACGUAUAUUUUCUGUGAUGACCUGUGAACAUAGUAUUUAUUGUUGUUCAUCAUUUAAAACAUGUUAAAUAUAUGCAGUGCAUAAUAAUACUCAUAUCAAACACUUAAAAAGGAAUAAAAAAUAAACAAUCCACUAGAAAUUGUACCUGGAUUAAAAAAGAAAAAAAAACAUCAUCUGUUGCAAGUGUCACCUUUUUACAGUGUUGUAUGAAAAAAAAUAUGAACCAGUUUUAUCAUAGUAAAGAGAUCUCAAGCAAUUAGCAUUUUCGAAAGAGAGAUUUACAAAUUGUGAAUUGACACUGGUCCGGUUAACGAUCAAAUAUUUUGGGUCCUCCUGCACGUAGUUGAAUAAAAUUUUUGAAGUAAAUAACAAAGGUCAUUCUAUAUUGAUAGUUUAUCAUCUUCCAUCAGAUACACACUCAUUUAUUUAUUAAUUAUGAACAGGCACAUCAACAGUAUAAUUACAAUAAAAGCUUUUAAAGAUUAAAUCUAAUUUGUUUUCGUAUAUAUGAUGAAUGCUUUCCAUCGCUACAAUCCUAUCUGAAAAUAUUGUUUUCCAUAUUGAGUGAUAAUCAUGUAGAGUAUUAAAAAACUCACAAUAAUAAUAUACUCAGCACAUUUAAAUCAAAAUUUAUUGUGAUAAUUAUCAUUUUUCUCAUUUAUAGCGAGUUUUCAUAAGUAAGUGACCACACUGUCUUAUAAAGGCUCACACUAGGCUGGAUGCUUACCAAGUGUUUGUACUAGGCGCUUACUAAUUGGCCAUUUUUAAGAGAACCCUGGAUACCGACUAACGAUUCUACUAUAGUGGGUUAUACACCUUGGUUAGUUAUUUGGUCUAUAGAGUUUUAUCAGGCAGAGUCCAAGGUUUUUAGUUCAACUAUGAAGUAAGACUUGAAAUAUUUGAUCCCAGUCAUUCCAAUUUGUAAUUAUGUAAAUAACAGAAUUGUACAGUGAGUUUAUUGGAUUACACAAAACUUCAGAGUGCACUCAUGAGUGGAACUUAAGGUCCAUAGGACUAAAUACCAGUGUUGUUUAUGAUAUCUGAUCAAUGAAAACGGUAUUGAAAUUUAUAAUGACUUCUAUAACCAAGUUAAGGAAGUAUUCAACUUUGUAACAUUCUUCUCACAUUCGGUGGCAUAAGACUUAUGACAAAAUCAUCAUCAAAUGUUCCAAACAUACUGAUGACUCUGUACCGCUUUCUCACAUCGAAAGUUAGUAAUAAAAAUCAUCCCUAUUUGUAUCAAAAUAAAAUUGGCCUUUUUACUUUUGUUUACUAAAUUCUAAAAUCAGAUGAAAUACUAUCCUAUUUGGGAUAUGUCAUAGAGAUUAACUGAGCUGUGUCACAUUAAGUUUUCGACAAUUAUUUCAUGUAUUUCUUAUUGAAAUACCUUUUUUGUGCAUGUCCAAUGAAACAGAAAGGGAAUAGUGAAAAGAUUUGAAUGCAUCUCAUCAUUGUCGAAACUUUUUGGUAUAAGGAACAUCAAACGCACCGCUCAAGUUAAAUAAGGCAUGUCUCACACUACAAAGAUACAAUAUUUUAAAUAAAAUCGCAAAUAAAUCAAUUGUACUUUUCAUUAUUAAAUGUAUUUAUUUUUUUGAUAUGUUAUGUGUGGUAUUGUGAUGCACUUCUUUGGACACAAUUCAUAGUUUUAGUGUAUGACGAUUUUCUUUAAAAAAUCUUGAGUGAUGAAUAAAAUGAAUUUAUUUUUUAAAAUUCUUGUAUGACAAAUUUAAAAAAAAAUAAAAUGAAAUAUUGUAUUUUGUUGUGUUUGCAUGCUUUACUAUUAUUUAAAAUGAAUAAUUUCAUUCCAAAAUAAUUGUUCUUUUCUAACCAAAUUUCUUGACAAAAUAACUUUUGAAAGGCUACCCUAAAUUGUUAACGGUGGAAAAAAUUAAAGAAAUGCUACUUAAAGUCCCGAUUAAAAUAUAAAUCCAGUGAACUAUUGAGGACUUAUUUAUAAUUGCGACUUGGUUUUUCUGGUUGUGUUCGUAAAAUAUUCAACAUGAAAAAAGAAAUACUCAGGUCUUUCGUCAAUAAACAUUUUAGCAUUAAAAUUAAAUAUUACCGAGGCGAAAGCACAUAGCAUAAAAAGACUUCAAAACCGCCUUCUAUGUUAAAUUUACGAACGCAACUUGCGUGGUCGCACUAAUUUAGUGACGUUUAAGGUAGAAGCUGAUGGCUGGACACUUUUUGAUGUAUUUCUUUGUAUGAUGAAGUAGGUUUUAGAGCCAAAAGCAUUUUGUAACUGUAUUAUUUGUCCCGUUCCGUCAGCUCCCUUUGUUAUUCUGACUUCGGAUUGGACAAUAUUCAUCUUGGGAUCCAUGCAACAUGAAAAUAAAUAAGGUUAAAAAUAUUAAUGUUCGAUGUUUCUUAUUAAAACCUAGAUAUUUUGCAAUAAACAUUGUUUAAUCAAAAUUAAAAGAACUUCUCCCGAGAUGAAUAAGAUAUGUAUACAUAGUUAACUUAUGGCAAGCGCUGGAAACGCGGCCCCUUUAUAAUCCUGUAAAAAUAAAAAAACAUACAACGAUCCCUGACUUAACCACGUCUAAGGCCUUCCCAAGUCGGACGGUUGAUAUUGAUAGCAGAAGAAUGCAUGUGUGAGUGAAUGGAGAGAAUAGUAUGCAUGUGUACGUCUAUUGGUUGUGUUUGUAAGCAUUUUUUGUUACUACGUCAUUUUCGUGAGAAGGGAAUAUUUACGUUGAAGAAAAAUAAUAAAGCAUGAGAGAUAUUUGUCAUUUUGUCAUGUGUCUAUACACUCAUCGUUAGGAUAUAGACAUUUUAUGUUGACCUUUUUAGUUUUCAAUCGCGUAAUUUUUUCGAACGACCAUUUUGGAAUUAGCACAAGUGUCAGACUUUAUCCAUUUGUGUUUGGGAUUCCUGAAUAUAUUUUUUUAAUGGAUUUUACGAUCGCCCCCGUGCGGGCCGGGUUUUUAAGCCGGACUGCGGCCAAGUCAAUUAUAAUUUGGUAGCAUCACCAGCGGACAAUAGCGUAGGGUUCCGACCGUCCAUCGCUGUAUCGGCUCAAUACAAAGCAAGCAAUACUCGUCAUAGCUCCCUUUAAUUCGAAAAUUGAGUAGACCAGAUCAUAAGUAACAGGAAAGCCCGCGUAGGGUUGGCGCGCAGGUUGUACGUCGGCGCGGCGGCGCAUCUGAUGCAGCCGAUCUCCGCGUAAGGAAUUCUUCUUGGGGUCAAAGUCUCUUACGUCGCAGGUCACUUAUUAAAAAUUUGAGAAUGUGGUUUGGGAGACUCGGGCCCCUGAGCGAGGCGCCGCUCCUGAGUGCGUUGCGUUUCGGAUCGGGAGGGCGCGGCCGCGUACUCGUAAAACGACAAGAAUGUGUCUCCUGUAAGCUUUAAAUUAUUGAUUAAAGAAAAUUUGAAAGUU